CAGCAGAAUUGCAUCGAUAAGGAAGUGGCAGAAGUUUCGCGGAUUCACCAUGAGCUUUAGAACUUUUUGCCCGUCCGUGCGGCUGGGGAACUGGAAUGAGGAUGUCGCUCUGGAGGAGGAUAUUCUCAAAGAUUAUCUGGAAAAAAAAGAUAAAGGAGAACUUUUUAUACAGAAAACAAGCAACCUGAAGAAAAAUAUAUUAAAAAAGACAGAGCUGAGUAUUUCCCAGGAUGGAUGUCUUCACUUUGGGGAUGUGGUGAUGCUUCUUAAUCCUGAAAACAGUGAGCAGUCACUGAGUAACACGUCUCCCACGAAUGGUAACUAUGCCCUGUCUGUAAAUCCGAAUGAAAAUGCCGUGUAUUCAAAAACUCAUUUGGAAGCACCGUGUGGGGUCAGUGGCAGCACAAACCUGGAGCCGACAGUCAGAAAUGCUUUUAUCAUCACCAGUGUUGAUGGCAGUGAUGUUGGAGAGCCUGUUCACUAUGGGCAGAACUUUGCUCUAAGAACCACAGAAGGAUUUAUGAAUCAUUUGCACUUAACUAGUGACCAGAAGACCUUUCUAAAAAGCAGCAAGAAGUCUUACUUACAAGAGGUUAGUUUAACAGACCAACUGUCCUAUCAGAACUGCUGGAAUUUCAUUUACUUGGACCCUCAGCUGCGACUUGAAAAUGAAGGCUUCCCAGUACCGGCAAACACUAAAUUACUUAUAGUUCAUAGCAAAACCAAUCAGUGCUUGGCUGUCCUGAGGAAGCAAGUCCUCUGGACUUUUUUUGGCAAAGAAUGUGAGAUAACUGCCCAUACAUUCUUAAAUGGGCACAAAGCUGAAGAGAAUGAAAACCACUGGAUUGUAGUGACUGGCAAUCCUAGUAAUGGGAUGAGCACCAUGUUUGACAGACCUGCACCCAGUGACCACGUGCACUGAGAAACAGUACUCAUUAGCAAUAAAAUGUCUAAAUAAUGAGACUGGA